AUGCCAACGUGGUUCUUUGAGAGAAAAGAGCUACGUAACACGCCCUCUUUUCAGGAUGGCAUCGAUUCUGACAAGGAGGCGCGAUACCGUCGUGAAGGGGCACGGUUCAUUUGCGACGUCGGCACUGACCUAAAUCUACGCUACGAUACGGUGGCCACCGGCGUCGUCUACUUCCAUCGAUUUUUUAUGUGCCAUUCGUUGAAAGACUUUAACCGAUACGUUAGCGCUACCGGCUGCCUGUUUCUGGCCGGUAAAGUCGAAGAAACGCCAAAGAAGUGCAAGGACGUGAUUCGGGUGGCGAGACUGCAUCUGACCGAUGCCGAUUUUGCUGGCUUCGGCGAGGACCCUCGCGAAGAAGUGAUGACUGUCGAGCGGAUUCUUCUUCAGACCAUCAAGUUCGACCUUCAGGUCGAACAUCCCUACCAAUACUUGUUGAAAUGGAAGGUUUUGAGCUAUAAAUGUUUGGUUUUAGGUGAAAAGGAGAAGAUUCAGCAAAUGGUGCAGAUGGCAUGGACAUUCGUCAACGACAGUUUGUGCACGACGCUUUGUUUGCAGUGGGAACCAGAGAUUAUCGCCAUCGCACUCAUGUACCUGGCAAGCAGAUUGACAAAGUUUGACAUUUGUGACUGGCAGAGUCGAAAGGGCGUAAAGGGUGAGAAAUGGUGGGAUCAAUUCGUGGAGGACUUGAGCAUGGAACUCCUGGAAGGUAGCAGUCAUCUGGCCGCCGGUAAUCUGCUGAGCGUUCUUCGACUAGAAUCAGUUAUUUUAGACAUAUGCCACCAGGUAUUGGAUCUGUACUCAAACAGCAAGGAAAAGCUCCAGCAGCCGACAGUAGCGAAAGUUUCCGCAUCGACCGCUGCCGGUGCGGGCCCUGCGCCAACAUCGACAACCACAUCGAAAGUGUCGUCUUCGUCGUCGAUGCCUGACACCCCUAACGAAGCGUCGCACGUUGGUUCGCGCCCUGCUUCAAGGCCACCGCUUCCGAUUACGCCAACAACUGUCGUUCCUCCUCCGCCGCCACCCCAGCCGGUCGCCGUUAUGGCAGCGGCGCCUCUUCCGCCAGUUAAUCCAUCCGUCUUGAUCCCCCCACCUGCGGUUCAGCCGUCCUAUUCGUUUCCCAUGCUGCCUCCGCCACCCAUACCCAGUAUGCCGCCACUGCCACCUGGUGUUCAGCCUAUAAUGAACAUGCCGUCGACUGUUAACGUGCCAGCAGGUUUGACUCUGCCUCCAAAUAUGGCUGUACCCCCUAAUGUCAAUAUGCCGAUAAACGUGGCUGUGCCGCCGAGCAUGCAGAUGCCAAUGGGUAUGAAUAUGCAGUCGAACGUUAAUUUACCACCCACCGUGGUUAAUAUGGCUGUUCCUCCGCCGCUGAACAUUCCACGGCCUCCUCCGUGUAUGUCUUCAGUUCCUCCUUCGUUGCCUCCUCCUCCACCCCUGAAUUUUGCUCAGCCUCCUACAAGCACUUAUGGUUUUCAGCCGAUCGGUCCCUUUUCUCCAGGAGCAAACCGUUUCUCAGUUCGUCCAAAUUUUAGUGUUUUACCUCCUAUGCAGGGAACUCCAAAUUUCCAGAUGAAUCGACCAUAUUUCGGUGGGCCGCCACCAAGAAGCUACUGA